AUGCUGAAUGUUCAGAACAAGAACUCGGCCUACUUUGUGGAGUGGAUACCAAACAAUGUGAAGACAGCUGUCUGUGAUAUUCCCCCGCGUGGACUCAAGAUGGCGGUCACAUUCAUUGGCAAUAACACCGCCAUCCAGCACAUCUUCAAGCGGGUGGGGGAGCAGUUCGCAGCCAUGUUCAAACGACGCGCCUUCCUGCACUGGUACACCGGUGAAGGCAUGGACGAGAUGGAAUUCACGGAGGCGGAGUCCAACAUGAAUGAUCUCAUCAGUGAGUACCAACAGUUUCAGGACGCCACCGUGGACGAUGAGGUGAAACUAGAAUAG